AUGUUCGCAGCCACCAUCGGACCCUCGGGAUCCCGCGUACCAGAACAACAGAUGUCAUUUUCCACAAUCACCAUCAUGCACGGGCAUAUCGCUCAGAAAUCGUACGGCAAGGAAAAGAGAUUCUUGUGCCCUCCACCCGUUGUGCGGAUGACGGGAAAUAUCAGCGAUACGGUCGAGACGGCCGUUUUCAAACUCGGAGUGCGAUUAGACAUGCUCGAGCGGGACCUGGACGCUCGUGCGCAUCUGCGUGAAGGGAUCUCUUUUCCGGGCCUGUAUGCCAGCAGGACGGGAAAGGCCAAAGGUCUACGGCUCAGAUUGGACGUGUUUCAACCUGGUGGAACGUUGCCAAGGGAGCAGGAUGUCGAUUCCAUCAGCGAGCGUCCUUGGGCUACUUUCGAGGCGAGCGGGAUUCAGAUCGUCUCCAAGCCUUCCAAACAGACGGUCGGGAUCACCAAGCCUAGCAAGAACAGUAAAGCCAUUGGGAUCCGUAUAGGUGAUCCCUUUGCGCUAUGGUCUCGUGUCUCUGCGCAGACGGUCAUGACGCGGUAUCUCUACGUCGAUAUCGACCGGGGUCUACUCGUCGGUCGGAACGGAGACUGGUCAGCUUGGGUCAUGGACGUCGUCAGGCGAGGAGAGGCGCCCCCAGGUCACCCCCGAGAUACCGUUCAAGAUCCCGAGAUUCUGACAUACGGGAGUAUUGUUGUCCUCAGGGAUAUUCAAACGCAGUACCGAACGGAGCCCUUGCUGCUAUGCAAGGUCAUCAAUGGCGCUGUGUACUUGCACGAUUAUGGACCAGUCUCGGAACUGCAUAGGAUUGCCUUUGCGAAAACUGUGCCAGGUCAAGGCAGGUGGUACCUUCAAACUUCGUCUCGGAUCGACUUGGAUCAGGCGGAGGAGAAACCUGGCCUCUCUCCGGCGUUGUAUAGUGCACCACAGAUUAAAUUGGAGGCAGGAGAAUCGGGCUUUGAGCAGAGGGAAUUUUUGGACGACUACCUUACGUGGACGAUCAGCGGUAUUACUGAGCACAGCUUUACCUUCUUCGAGGGGCGGCAUGAAAUCGGAGACUACUCCACCGUCUUUAAAUACCCGUUAACACCCAUGCCGGACAUCCUGGAGGUUCCUGUCUACAACGAUCGAGACAACACCAUAACGAUGGCAGUUACCAACUACUUCUACGACGAUGACAACAUACUCUACCGCGACAAGCCUCUCUACCUAUAUCUGGGAGCGAUCGGACCGCUCCGCGUCCGGACAUAUCAAUCCAUCGCGCCGGAGGACAACUGGUCUUUGGUCGACAAGGAACCGCAUAGAUUUCCUGCCAUUGCGUCAGACGGCGGUCCUGAUGGUUCACCCGAGACGCGGCCAUACUCUGCAGUACCUCGGAACGUGGAGCAUACGGUGCUCGUCAUCAGCUGUCCGGAUCCGCUAGACAUGUGGAAUGCCACCCAAAUCGAGAGGGAGAGAUAUGAACGCAAAGCUCAGAUCGAAAUGCUGUCCCAUAGCGCCCUCGCUGCUGAAGAUGGUGUAGACGAUCACGUCCACCUUCCCGACCUUCCUCCGUAUAACAAAAGCAAACAGUUGGGCGGCUCCAGUCUGCCAUUAUUGUUCCUGAGACAGAGCGAUAAUACGGGUUACCACACGAGCAAGAACUUGAUCGUGAACCGCACCGAGACCGCUCACGGAAGCACCUGGGGUGAGUGGACGGGCGGCGUCUUCGUGGGCUUUACGCUGACCCAAGACUCCUGCAGACAUCCGGAUCCAGUAAACAGCAAACAUGAUGAUAGCUUAACGAAAUAUGACGACACUCUUGAUGACUUGAAUUCGUACUUUACCGCUGGUAUGCGGUAUCAGCCGCUAUCAAAGGCUGCGCAGAGAUUAUGCCAUUUGUACACGAUACUAUGCCAACACUACCGCAGGAGCGGCAUCGCUUCUCGCCUUGAUUGA